ACUAACAAUUGCUUAGUAACAGCAUUUCAAGGAGUGCCCUACCACAUAACCAUAGUUGUCUCAAGGCAAACCUUUCUUGCAUCCGUUCAGCUUCCAUCCUCAAAGGUCGUAGAAAACAGCUGAAGGAAACUCAAUAUAAAAGGUCAGUCAAUGAGACCACUUGUCACGCUCGCCCUUCUAGGGCUGUUGGUCUACUAUGUCAGUGGACGUGCCAUAAUGGUUGAGAACGACAGGAAAGUAACCGACAGUGCCAUGUUUGAUAACUGCAUGUUGAAAUGCGAAGACGAUCAAGACAAUUGCGAAAAAGAAUGUGGUAACGGCAUCGAUGCCGAUGCAGUCAACUGUCGUUCAAGCUGUAAAGACGCAUACGACGAGUGCACAGGAGGUUCAUCAUCUAGAGAUGAUAAUGUUCCUUACUACAAACGAGAAGUGAAACGUAGCUGUCAAGACUUGGUUAAGAGAACUCAAGAAACUGCUCCCAAAGAGAAGGAUGAUAUCGACUAUGAGUUCGUGAUGCGCCAAUAAGCAAAAACACAUCCCUUCUCAGUAAAUAUUCUUCUUCUUCUUCUUCGUUCGUAUAAUAAUGUAGUGAAGGAGUCUUUGGGAGAAUAAUUAAGUUUACAUGUUUUUCUUCUUCUGCUUUUUUCUUUUAGUUGCUUUUAGUUGUUUUUAUUUUCCAUCUUUGACAGUUUGCAUCCUGCCCCCACCUAACAGUCCCAACAUGUUACUUCAGGGUAUUCCAUCACAUCCUAUCAUUUGUUUUUCAAGGUAUUUGUUUUAAGAUUUAAAGUUCAUUAACUGAGGGAAUAACAAGAUAAUAUCUAAAACGUUUCAGUAACUUAGAGCAUUAUUCAAAACGUUUCACUUUGUAAUAACGUAAAUCAGGGAUUUAAUGAAAAAAUAAAAUCGCGCACAGAACGAUGGGUA